AUGUGCUCCAGAAGCUUUAGCACCUGCUGCUCCCCGGGCGGCAGGGCUGUGAUGCGGCCGACCUUCCGGAGGACCUUGGUAGCCGCGCUCUUGGCGGCAUACUGGAUUCACGAUCUCCCCGGCAGGCCCGAUUUCUGCGGCAGGGCAGCACGCAGCGAUGGCCUGCAACAGCCUUCUUGGGGAGUGACAGUCGCAUCCUAUGAGCGGAGCUUCGCAAGCCGGCUUCCUCGUGGAGUCCGAGAGCGAAGGCGACAAGCGCCAGGUCCCAACCCAAAUGAUGAUCGUGCGGCCCGACGGCUGACGGCUCAAAUCACGAAAGCCGGCUCGGCUGCGGAGUUGUUGGCCCUUCUGGAGAAACCUUUGGUGGAUGCGAACCUCUUCAACCACUUCCACAUGUCGGCGGCCUUGACAAGGUUCUUCCGAAGCUUCACGAAGCCAUUCGAGCAAAGGCUUCCGAAGGAUUUAUCCAACUCCUUGCUGGCCACUGCAAAGCUUCAAGACACGUCAUCUGAGGUGCUGACAGUCGUUUCAGCACUUGCAGCACGCAUACCGGACAAGGUUGAGGACAUGAAGCCUCAAGAGUUGUCCAACAGCCUGUGGGCAGCUGCGAAGCUGCAAGAUGCAUCGCCAGAGGUGCUGGAGGCCGUGCCAGCUCUUGCAAAGCGCACACCGGACAAGGUUGAAGAGAUGGUUCCUCAAGGCUUGUCCAACUGCCUGUGGGCAGCUGCGAAGCUCCAAGAUGCACUGCCAGACGUGCUGGAGGCCGUGCCAGCUCUUGCAAAGCGAAUACCGGACAAGGUUGACGAGAUGAUUCCGCAACACUUGUCCAACAGCCUGUGGGCAGCUGCGAAGCUCCAAGAUGCGUCGCCAGAGGUGCUGGAUGCGGUUCCAGCACUUGCAAAGCUCAUGCCGGACAAGGUGGAAGACAUGAAACCUCAAGAGUUGUCCAACAGUUUGUGGGCAGCUGCGAAGCUGCAAGAUGCAUCGCCAGAGGUGCUGGAUGCCGUGCCAGCGCUUGCAAAGCGUACACCGGACAAGGUUGAGGAGAUGAUUCCUCAAGCGUUGUCCAACAGCCUGUGGGCAGCUGCGAAGCUCCAAGAUGCAUCACCAGAUGUGCUGGAUGCCGUGCCAGCACUUGCAAACCGCAUACCGGACAAGGUGGCAGACAUGGUGCCUCAAGAGUUGUCCAACAGCCUGUGGGCAGCUGCGAAGCUCCAAGAUGCGUCGCCAGAGGUGCUGGAGGCCGUGCCAGCUCUUGCAAAGCGAAUACCGGACAAGGUGGUGGAGAUGAUUCCUCAGCACUUGUCCAACUGCCUCUUGGCAGCCGCAAAGCUCCAAGCUUCGGCACCGGAGGUUUUGGAAGCUGUGCCAGCUGUAGUGCAGCGCAUGCAAGGGACCAUCGGCGCGAUGGACUUGCAAGGAUUGUCCAACAGCUUCUGGGCAGGCGGAGAGCUCAAAGAUGCAUCGCCCGACAUGUUGGCCUUGGCUGUACAACUCAGUGAGCGCAUCCUGCCGCAAAUCAGCAAAUUGGCGCCAGAAGGGCUGCACAUGUCACUUAAGGCAGCCCGGCGAUUUGGGGAGGAGGAGUUGGCGGCCAAGUUGCAAGCAGAACUCCACCGGCGACAGUGCUGUCUGUAUGUGCACAACGAGGUCGCAGUGGACGCGUUCGCUCCUCCAUGCACUUGCACCCCGACCCUGACCUGUGCCCUCCGGGAGCACGUGCUGACUCGAGACUCGACGACGCACGGCUCCUUUCCAGGAGGAGAGGAGAAGUUUCGCUUAAUGUGCGAUGUGAGCAAUGAUUGCCCAGGGCACAACUUCUGCGGCACGGCGGGAAACAGGCGACCAGCUCCGGAUCGCAACUCAGAUGGUGAGGCCAAGCGGCUGACAGCGCAAAUCACGAAAGCCGGCUCGGCUUCGGAGUUGUUGGCACUUCUGGAGAAACCUUUGGUGGAUGCCAACCUCUUCAACCACUUCCACAUGUCUGCAGCCUGGACCACGCUCGUCAGAUUCAAGAAGAGGCGCCAGUUUCGCAAGUCCGAUGCAGCCAGCCCUGUGUGGGCCAAGCUGCCAGCCCGGCUGCAUGAGAUGCUCCAAGACGAUUUGCUGCCACCACGUGAAGCGGCCAAUGUUUUCUACUCGGUGGGCGAGCUUUACGAGGACAUUGAAAGGCACAUGACGCAGGUGCUGCCAAAGCUUUGCAGAGCUGUGAGAGCGGAAGCUCGUGGCAUGAAGGCUCAAGAGUUGUCCAACUGCAUGCUUGCAGCGGUGACGCUCCAAGAUGCAUCGCAAGAGGUGCGGGAUGCCGUGCCAGCUCUUGCAAACCGAAUGCCGGACAAGGUUGAGGAGAUGAACCCUCAGGACCUGUCCAACAACCUGUGGGCAGCUGCGAAGCUCCAAGAUGCAUCGCCAGAGGUGCUGGAUGCCGUGCCAGCGCUUGCAAAGCGCAUACCGGACAAGGUUGAGGAGAUGAUUCCUCAAGCGUUGUCCAACAGCCUGUGG